CUGUUUUAAAUAAUGGAGCAAUCACGCGGUUGCACGUCAGCGUAAAGUCUCUGGACAGGGGUUAUUAGUAUUUUUUGCAAGUCAUAAAUUGAUAGUUUUAUUCUGGCCUAUUAACUGGGCACGAUUAGACGCGUCUCUGUUUGUUACUUAUAUGUAAUUACCACCAAUAAAGUUAAGUUCAAGAUACCGGAUUUUAUUUGGCCAUCUCGUCCUAUACAUGGUCAGCUUCGGACGGAUAUAUUUGUUUGCAUCCAGAAGGAAAUGGAAUAAAGAAAAUACAUAGUGGAGUGAGAUGUGCCCGUGCGUACUUGGAAUUUGAACUGAAACUAAAUACCUGAUAGGUUUAUCACUCACCGUCUUCCAAAAUGACCGAAAAUAAUAAGGAAUUUGCUGAGUUAACUAAAAAGAGAAGUAGCUUUAAAGGUAGAAUUACCAUAUUCUCCGGGUUUGUGCAGUUACUUGAAAAUAAAACAACACAGUUGUCGUCCAAGGAAGCGAAUGAGUUGGAAUUGAGAAUUGGUAAGCUGGAAUUAUUGUACGCCCAAUUUGAUGAGACUCAAACUCGAUUAGAGUGUAUUGCGGACAACAUGGAUUCGCAAUUACUUGAAAGAGACGAGUUUGAAUCUCGUUAUUAUAGUAUACUCAGCAAAGCACAAGACAUUUAUUCUAAUUAUAAGAGGUCACAAGUGCCGCUUCCAAGUGAAUGCAGUCUACGGACUGGUAACAGACCGCCAGUUAAGUUACCUACUAUACAGCUACCUACGUUUAGUGGUACAUAUAAUAGUUGGCUCGAGUUUCGCGACACCUUUACUAGCCUCAUCCACAAUAACGAGUCUAUAGACGAAGUGAACAAAUUUCACUACCUGCGUACGUCGUUAGAGGGGUCCGCUGCUGUGGUCAUUCAGUCCAUGGAGUGUACAUCUAAUAACUAUCAAGUAGCUUGGAACCUCUUGUGUGACCGGUUCGACAAUAAACGAUUGUUAAUACAAAAUCAUGUUUCGGCUCUUUUUAACAUCGACCCGGUCACACGGGAGUCCGCGGCAACCUUAAAAAAUAUAUUGGACCAUCUAAAUAAAAACCUUCGUGCUCUUGGUUCAUUAGGUGAGCCUGUCCAACAAUGGGAUACUCUUCUCAUUCACAUGGUCUCUAAUAAAUUAGACAGUAAAACGUACCGUGAAUGGGAAGAGUACAAAGGUCGUUUGGAUCAGGAACACAAAAUUGAGCUACGACACUUUUUUGACUUUAUGAAGUUACGUAUAAAUGUACUUGAGACAAUUGAAUUUUCACGUCAUACGCAACAACCAUCUAAACAACCCAAACUAAAAACAUUUGUUUCCACGAAUAAUGGUAAUCAUAUUAAUAGUAAUUUUAUAGUUAAUAGUAAACCCACAGAUUCGACAGAUUCGUGUCCAAAGUGCAGUGGCGAUCACAAACUAAAUAGUUGCUCUCAAUUUUUAGCUUUAAGUAACGAAGCGCGUUUGCGACUAUUACCUACAUUAAAGGUCUGUUUUGUUUGUCUUAGUCGCUCUCACUUUGCCAAUCGGUGCAAAAAGCCAGGUUGCAAAUUUUGUAAACGGAGACAUUCCUUUUUGGUCUGUGUUGCAGACAAACUGAAACCUGCUGUGCCUGCUGAGCGCGUUGACAGUAGUAUCAUCAGCGCGACUCCGUCCGCCGGCAAUCCAAUUAACAAUUUAACAUUAUCGGCGAGCGUGUCUUCCGCGAGUCAAGUAGGAACUAGACGCCGCGGAGACGUUUUAUUAUCGACUGCGCUAGUUAAAUUGUACGAUUCGAACAAUCGCGAACAUAUCGGUCGCGCUGUUUUGGAUUCCGGUAGCACAUCAUGUCUGUUAUCAGACAAAAUGUUUCGUUUGUUAAAUUUGCCUUACGAUCACAUCGAUCGACGUGUGCUAGGUAUAAAUAAUGUCACAUCGCCAAUAAAUAAAAUGUGUCACCUACACAUGAAGUCAUUAAAUGAACAAUUUUCAAUUAAUUUAAACUGUUUCAUUUUGCCGUCUUUAACAGAUAAUGUACCUUGUCGGCCUCUCGACGUGUCAAGUCUUAAUAUACCUACUGACGUUUGUUUAGCGGAUCCUCAUUUUCAUUCGCCGUCGUCAGUCGACUUGAUCAUAGGUGCUGAUGUUUUUUGGGACAUUCUAGGAUCGCAAAGAAUUAAUUUAGGUAGGGAUCAACCUACACUUUGUGAGACUAAGCUAGGUUGGAUAGUAUCUGGCCCAAUGAAGUUAUUACCGUUAUCGGUAUCUAACCCCAUUCGGUGUAAUUUUGUAAACACCGACUCGACUAGUGAUAUGUCGAAUGAUAAUAUUCAAAAUCAACUAGCUCGUUUUUGGACUUUAGAAGAAGUAAAUAAUUUAAAUAACCGUUCUACUCUCUCAUCAGAGCAAAAGUUAUGUGAGGAACACUUUACAAAAUAUACCUCGCGCUUAUCGGAUGGUCGCUUUCAGGUAAGAAUACCGUUAAAAUAUGAUUCUACUGUUUUAAGCGAUACUUUAUUUCGAGCUAAGCAGUGUUUUAUUUCUCUGGAACGUAAACUUCUUAAAGAACCGAAACUUUGUAAGAUGUACCGCGAAUUUAUGUCGGAAUAUCAGUCACUAGGGCAUAUGUCUGAAUGUGAGUUAGUAUCGGAAUGCAAUGCUAACUUUAUACCGCAUCAUGGCAUUUUACGUGGAUCUAAAUUGAGGGUGGUAUUUAAUGCAAGCUUUUCAAGCAAAACUAACAAUGCAACUUUUAACAGUAUUCAAAUGGUGGGUCCAACGGUACAGGAUGAUCUGUUAUCCAUUCUAUUAAGAUUUAGGCAGCACAAGUACAUCAUUAUAGCUGACGUAGAAAAGAUGUACCGUCAGAUACUUGUGCAUCCUAGUGAUAGGCAUUUACAGCGAAUUAUUUGGCGCGAUGAUCCUGCCGAACCGCUUAAGGCGUUUGAGCUUAAUACCGUAACGUACGGUACUGCUAGCGCACCAUUUCUCGCUACUAGAUGUCUUAAGCAGUUAGGACUUGAAUGCGAUGACAAACGGAUUGCUGAGGUCAUCCUGCACGAUUUUUAUGUCGAUGACUUACUGACAGGCGGAGACGACCUAAGCACCGUGCUUGAAAUACGUAAUAAAGUCUCAGCCACACUCGCUUCAGCUCAGUUACCACUUAGAAAGUGGAAAUCUAAUGAUCCACAAUUAGUAUCAGAGUUCACUAAGUCCUCGCAUGAUCUGAACAUAGGCGGUAUUGAACCAAGUAAAACCUUAGGUUUAGGUUGGUAUCCGGAAUCGGAUCAGCUUUAUUUUCCGAUUAGUGCAUCAAAGUUUGAAGGAAACUCCAAACGCGAAAUUCUUUCUGUAGUUUCCCAGAUAUUCGAUCCGUUAGGACUAGCCUCCCCGGUUAUUAUAAAAUUUAAAAUGUUGUUACAAAGUUUAUGGUUACAGAAUUUGUCGUGGGAUGAUUCUUUACCUUCGACAGUCCAUAAAAAUUGGUUGGAUAUCAGUAAAAAUUUAAAUGUUUUAAAUAAUUUACGCGUACCGCGCUGCGUGUUAAUACAAUCUUUCGUGCAAUUAGAAUUUCAUAUUUUCUCUGACGCUUCCGAACAAGCAUAUGGUGCCUGUUUUUACGUUCGUAGCGUAGAUAGUCACGGAAAGAUUUUAGUUCGCUUAUUAUGCGCUAAGAGUAGGGUAGCGCCUAUUAAAGCCACCACUAUUCCUAGGCUUGAAUUAUGUGGUGCUCAGGUCGCUGCCAAACUUUAUGAAAAGGUUACUAGCUCGUUAAGAGUUCAGGCUACACGGACUGUAAUCUGGACUGAUUCCACAAUCGUAUUAGGCUGGUUGAAGAUGUUACCGUGUAAAUUAAACACAUUUGUUCGCAAUCGUGUUGGUGACAUCUUAGAUAGAACCACUAAUUGUACGUGGCGACACGUUUCCUCCGAGGAUAACCCAGCGGAUUAUGUAUCACGCGGAGUAAGCGUUGGCGCUCUCGAGUCUCUUGAUAUGUGGUGGUCAGGCCCAAGCUUUUUAAAGGAACCGGAAACCCGGUGGCCUUCCACAGUAAUAAAUUCCGAAUCGCUACCUGAAACGCGUAUGGAAAUAUCGUGUUUAGCAAAAUCUGAUACUUCUUCAGAUAUCAUUAAUCUCAUAAAUUUUGACCGCUUUUCUAAAUUUAAUAGGCUCAAGCGUACCGUAGCUUAUAUGUUACGAUUUAUUGAAGCAUGUAAGGGUAGGCGUUCAAAAACCGACUUCCUAACCGACACCGAAUUGAGUAAGUCAUUGCGCGUAAUUGUUAGCAUGGUUCAAAGGGAAUCGUUUCCUGAAUAUGAGACGUUAAUACAAAAGAAAUCUUUACCUAAAAAGAGUGCAUUAAUUAAAUUCAACGCAUUUUUAGAUGAAAACAAUUUGCUUAGGGUCGGAGGUCGUUUAGGAAAUUCUGAAUUUUCGUAUGAUAAAAAUUAUCCUUUAAUAUUACAGUCCACACAUCGAUUUACAAAAUUAUUAUUUGAACAUGAACAUACGAAGCUCAUGCAUGCCGGGCCUCAACUAUUGUUAGCUUCAAUUAGGGAUGUCUAUUGGCCCAUCGGUGGUCGAAAUUUAGCAAAGGCAAUUUAUCGCCGCUGCAUUAAAUGCACUCGAAUGAAGGGAAAGGUUGUAGCUCCUAUUAUGGGCAAUCUACCGCAGCAGCGGCUCACGCCCGGGGGUUUCCCCUUUGAAUCCGUCGGCAUUGACUACGCGGGCCCAAUUUCGUCAGCUAGUCGUCAGGGACGUGGAUGUCGUAUCGUAAAGGUGUAUAUUGCGAUUUUUAUAUGUCUCACUACUAAAGCCAUUCAUUUAGAAUUAGUAAGUGACUUAACCAGCAAUAGUUACAUAUCAACCAUCAAAAAGUUCAUCUCGCGCCGCGGAAAACCGCGCCAUCUGUCCUCAGAUAUUGGAGCGUACAAUGAUCUAGCACGAUUCUUACAGGAUAACUCUAGCUCAUUAUCUAGCGAUUUCGCAAAUGAAGGAAUUGAUUUCCAUUUUAUUCCUGCUUAUUCGCCUCAUUUUGGUGGUAUUUGGGAGGCGGGAGUGAAAUCUGUUAAGUUCCAUUUAUAUAGAGUGCUAGGAAAUUGUAAUUUUACCUUUGACGAGUUGUAUACUGUUUUAACCCAAAUAGAAGCGAUAUUAAAUUCUCGGCCACUCACUCCACUUUCGUCGGAUCCUGAUGAUUUCACGGCAUUAACUCCUGGACACUUUUUAAUUGGACGACCCCUCACUGGACUUCCAGUCAAGGAUUACCAAGAGAUCAAAACCAAUCAUCUCAGCCGCUAUCAUCGAAUUGAGCAACUUCGACAGCAUUUUUGGGCACGGUGGACCAAAGAGUACGUGUCGGAGCUGCAAAUCCGUACUAAAUGGCAGGUUCCGACUCAGCCAAUGCAAAUCAACUCAUUGGUUCUUUUAAAGGAAGAUCAUUUACCUCCGUUGAAGUGGAAACUGGGGCGAAUAGUAGCACUGUACCCUGGGAAGGAUAAUGUCGCAAGAGUUGCAGAUGUGAAGACAUCCACUGGAGUCAUAAAGCGAUCCUUCAGCAGAAUUUGCCCACUGCCCAUCAGUGAUACUGUUUGAGUUGGUUGAAUGUCAAGACAUCAACGCCCGGGGGCAUGUCUACGACCGAAACGCCUGUUUUAAAUAAUGGAGCAAUCACGCGGUUGCACGUCAGCGUAAAGUCUCUGGACAGGGGUUAUUAGUAUUUUUUGCAAGUCAUAAAUUGAUAGUUUUAUUCUGGCCUAUUAACUGGGCACGAUUAGACGCGUCUCUGUUUGUUACUUAUAUGUAAUUACCACCAAUAAAGUUAAGUUCAAGA